ACUCAAUCCCAUUUGUUUCCUUUAUAUCCUGCAGUGUAUUGUAUAAUUAAUCUGUACAUAUUAUGCUAAUAGUUUAAAUAUGUUCAGUAAUACAUAAAACAGUUAUACAUACAUCACAUCUACACUUAGGAAAACAUUUUUUUCGUUAGUUGCAAUUGUACACAAUAAAUAAAUUAGAGCAGAUUGGUCACUAAGUUCGAUCAUCGUCUAAAAGAGAAUGGAAAAUGGAAUCCAUUUGCAUCCCAAAUAAAAUGUAUUUAAUAAAUGGCUUAACUGGAUUCUCUCAAUUUUAUUUUUAAGAAUAUUCCAACCAAGUGCAAUGUGUUUUAAGUAUUUAUUAAACUAAACCUGUUCUUGUAAGUUGCAUAUUAUACAAUAUAAAUUGCAAUGAAAUUAGAUAUACAGGAGAAUCAGGAUUUUCAUUUUGGGCAUAACCAGAAAAUCCAUUGGUAUCAAAUUUUAUUUCUUCGAAUAUCUGCUCCUCUGAAAUUAUUAUAAACUAUCCCCCAAUGACAGUGACAUUGGUAUAAUUUUGUUGGUGUCAAAUUGAAGUAUUCAAUACAAGCAACAGUGGUGUUUUUCAUCGAAUAACAAAAAGUUAAAACAAAAUGGCAAGAAAGUGUAGCUCCUGGAUUUUUUGCCUAUCUUCAUCGUUAGGAAUUUAUUUUGGCAUUACAAUAUUCUUCUUGUUCACAUUUGUGUAUCACAACAAUUAUGCUGGAAUAUGGGGAUUGAUUUCAGCGGUUUUUGCUGGAUUGUGUCUUCACCUCCAUUUAUUAUCCUCUGAUAAUCGAUUAUCAGGAUGGUACUCUGCUCAGCAAUUGAUUGCGAUCGCAGCAUUCUCCUUUAUUUGUUUUGCUCUGGCCAUAGGAUUUACAUCUUGGUAUCUUAUCUACGCGAUUUAUCAUCACAUUCCAAUGUUGCCAGUUAAAAACAGCUACUUUUUGGCCGCCGUUUGGUCUGGAAUGACGAUGAAAUGGACUUUUGCAUUAUUUUUAUUAUCUUACCGAUAUUCGAGGAUUUUAAGAUACACCACACCAUUCCUCAUCAUCCAAGAAAAUGCUUAAUGUGAUCAUAUAGAUAGAUUAAAAUUAGAAAUCGACUGAGUUACGUUUAAGUGUCAAAUAAUUAGAAUUAUACCGUAAUCGUUGCGUGGACUUGUAAAUAAUUAAUUAAAACAUAUUUAUAAAAUUAAUUGUGUCUUUUUAUUAUUGAAAUAAAUUCCCAAUUUUCAUUAUUCGCACAAAUCUA